AUGGAGGUGCUGAUACAGGCGGCGGUCAUUUUUGCGAUGGGAGUCGCCAUCGUUGCUUCGAAUGCAGUCAUAAUAGCGACUUUUAUGAAUUACCGAGGUCCCGCCGAAGUUAUAAACUACUACCUGUUGUCGUUGGCCGUGGCAGACCUUCUCUGCGGCAUGUUCAUCGUCCCUCUGUCCGUCUACCCAGCUCUCACGCAACACUGGAUGUACGGCGACGUCAUAUGCAGAGUCGUCGGCUACCUCGAAGUCACGCUCUGGUCCGUCAGCGUUUACACAUUCAUGUGGAUAUCUGUGGACAGAUAUCUAGCAAUACGUAAACCGUUAAGAUACGAAACGGUGCAAACGAAAACUCGUUGCCAAUGCUGGAUGGCUUUCACGUGGAUAUCAGCCGCGAUGCUGUGUUCGCCGCCGCUUCUUGGCUUCAACAAACCUUUGUUUGAUGAAGAAAGUUACGUUUGCAUGCUAGACUGGGGCAACAUGGCAGCAUAUUCGGCCACUUUGGCGAUAUUAGUCUUAGGCCCGAGUCUAAUAAGCAUAGUUUAUAACUAUGGUUACAUCUUCUCGAUGAUGAGGAAGAUCAAGAGUGGUGCGCCUAUUCACGACAAGGAGUACGCGACGGCGCUUUCAGAGAACUUGUCGAAUCCGAGUCAUAUUAUGAGCUUUGCUCUGAUAUUCUGCUUUUGGCUCAGUUGGGCGCCUUAUGCAGGAGUAAAGAUUUUCGAAUACUUCAACGGUGGACGAAUUCAAAUGCCCUUGAUGCAGUUCGUCAUAGUGUGGGUAGGUGUCUUAAAUUCAUUUUGGAAAAUCAUCAUCUUAAUGACACUGAGUCCACAAUUUCGAAUGGCUCUGAGGAUAUUCUGCUUGACAAUCUGCUGCAGGACCAAAGGACGCCUGCAAGCUGAGCUGAUAGGCAUGGAGCCAGACGACUGAGUGGAGGCGCAGAGGGGCGUAUGCGCUAGGACACCGCAAGUAGCAGCCGCGGCUAACCUCGGCGGCGGCAACGCCGCGGCAGCGGGCCCGUCCAACGGCGACAGCAUCAACCGGACGAUAAGAUCGAGCGGGACAUGAAGCAUGGUCAUCGAGAAGGUCUGCAUCGACGGCGACUGGUAUUUGUACCGGUCCCCCAGGCGAGGCGUCAACGAUAUCGAAAUGGACGGCAUGGCGCAGAGGACGGCUGACACAUUACAGGAGGACGCCAUGUGAGGAACGAUCGGAAACAUCGAA